AAAGCACACAACCUUGGCUGGAGGCGGCGGCAGGGCGAAUCUCCUCAGCCUGAGAUAACCCCACGCUUCCCACCACCCCUUUCCCCACUCGCCGUCCUCCCUCGCUUCCCAUUUUCCUCCCACAGCGAAUCCAACCCCAUCCCCCCUCUCUCCCCUGUUACGCCACGAGCCAAACCCCUAGCCACCUCGCUCCAGAAUAGCUCCCCUCCCCUAGAUCUCCCAUUCUCUCCCGGCUCCCGCGCUGCCGAUCCGGCGAUGGCGACCAAGUCGAAGCUCGGUGAGCUAAUGUGGGAGCACCGGCUCCAGGCCGCGGCCGCGGUGGCGUUCGUGGCCGCGGCGGCCGUCUCGAUCUCCGCGGUCGGGCCCAGGCUCGGCGCCGUGGUGUCAUUCUUCUGGCCGCUCCUCGUCUCCACGGGGUUCCUGCUCGUGGCCAUCACCGUGCUGCUCCGGAUCUCGCCCCCUCCCGCGGGCGCCGACGAGUCCGGCAAGGAGCUCAUCGACUUCGUCGCCGGGUGCCGCCCGGAGCACCUCGUCCCGGAGGCGGCGGCCGCGGCCUCCGUGGAGGCGCCGCCGGAGCCGGAGAUCUAACGGCCGGCCGGCCGGAGGAGGAGGAGCCGACGAGGAGGCUGUGACACCAUUCGAGCUUCGCGGCGCGCGGCGUGCUCCGUCGCCGGGGUGACUCCACGGUAGCACGGUGGGGGCAACCUGUACGGGCCCACCUGUAAGUGCCGCGUGGGCUGCCCCGGCCGGCUCGCGUGCGGCGCGCGGCCGUGGCUCGGUAGCGUAGGACUUCUCCAUGUCUGAUAUCUCUCCCUCUGGUCCGGUGUAACAUACCGUGGAAUUCAAUAAUGAAUCAUGGCAUAAAAUAAAAACCGCCCUCGCCGGAGUGAUUUGUGUGUGC